CUGCGAUCACGGCUGAUAUACAUUAUGCACAUCGCGUACACGUACAUACACGCGAGCUACGCCGCCUACGCCAGCGCUAGCUCAUCCUCCACCUCGGCCCAGAACCGUCCCUCGUCCUCGCCCAGUGUGAGCGGGGCCACAAAGCGGCGCACGUCGUCCGCGUCCGCGCCCUCAUCCCGCAGGCGGCGCAGCACGCCCGCGAUGCGGCGAGCAGUUGACGGGGGCACGCCAAACUUGUGACCGUGAGGGCUGAUCUCGGCCGCGCCGUCUUCAACUCCCGAUUGCCGACGGCUCUCGUCCGCUUUCGCGGGGCUCUCUGCCCCACUCUCCCCGCUCUCGUCCCCCUCAGCACCGUCCCCGUCCCCGUCCCCCGCGACCGCACGCACCCACCAUACCCGUAGC